UUUCAAAGAACAAGGACCAAAUCUCUCUUAGAAUCACACAUGGAAAGCCACUUGAACACAGCUGUAUGCAGCCUUGAGACCACUCAGAAUCAGGUUAAAGAUCAGUCAAAGCAGAUUGAGCGAUUGACAUCUAUAUUCAAUGAUAAGUCACAGCAGUUGAAUGAUCAGUCACAGCAGAUAGACAGUUUAACGUCCACUAUGCAGGGUCUGGUGCAGCAGGUAGAAAGCCUGACAGGCCAAGCUGUGCUGGUGGACAAAACAACCAACCAAACCAAUGACGAGACAAACAAGAUAGGGGCAACUAAUGACAAGAGUGAAGAGGGUAAG